CACUGGUAUGUGCUUGACAAGCUUGGUGCAGAAACCUUUGGCUCGCUACACUUAAACCCAGAUGGAAUGUUCCCAAACCACAUCCCGAACCCCGAGGAAAAGAUUGCCAUGGCACUAACUAGAGCUGCUGUGCUAGAAAAUUCAGCUGAUCUUGGAAUUGUUUUCGACACUGAUGUGGACCGAAGUGGGGUAGUUGACAAGGGAGGAAACCCGAUUAAUGGUGACAGGCUUAUAGCACUCAUGUCUGCUAUCGUAUUGAGGGAACAUCCUGGAACUACUAUAGUUACCGAUGCGCGUACAAGCAUGGCACUGACAAGGUUUAUUAUUGAUAGAGGAGGUCAACAUUGCUUGUAUCGAGUUGGUUACCGGAAUGUUAUUGAUAAGGGUGUCCAGCUUAAUAAAAAUGGAAUUGAAACACAUCUGAUGAUGGAAACUUCUGGACAUGGCGCUCUUAAAGAGAAUUAUUUCCUAGACGAUGGGGCUUAUAUGGUGGUAAAAAUCAUCAUCGAAAUGGUACGUAUGAAACUAGCUGGAUCAGAUGAAGGAAUCGGUAGCCUCAUAAAAGAUCUUGAAGAACCAAUAGAAUCUGUAGAGCUAAGGAUGAACAUCAUCUCUGAGCCUAGGCAUGCUAAGGCAAGAGGUAUUGAUGCAAUCGAGACAUUCCGAAGCUAUGUUGAGGAGGGACGAAUUGAAGGCUGGGAAUUGGAUUCCUGUGGAGACUGUUGGGUAUCCGAUGGAUGCCUCGUCGACUCAAAUGACGAUCCAGCAGCUGUUGAUGCUCAUAUGUACAGGGCCAAAGUUUCUGAUGAAAAACUUGGACAGCAUGGUUGGAUACACCUGCGUCAGAGUAUUCACAAUCCAAAUAUUGCAGUGAAUAUGCAAUCAAUGGCGCCUGGGGGCUGUCUAUCUAUGACAAAAACUCUAAGAGACAAGUUUCUCGUGGCAAGUGGAAUGGACAAGAUCCUCGAUAUUACUCAGAUCGACAAGUACGCUAGAACUGGACUUGUAAAAUAAUGGGGGAUCUUCAAGAAAUUAGAUAUAAGCAACUUUUAUUACAAUUAAUAAAGACCAAGGCCGUAAUGUACGGGGAGAA